AUGAAUAAACAAAUGGAGUUCUACAUCUUGUGUGUUGGUCUUCUAGGAAAUGUUUUAGCUUUGAUUAUAUUCUCAAAAACAUUGGUGGAUCAUUCGAUUAAAUCAAGAUUUUCAAUUGGAAUUGGUUUAGUACAAACAUUUCUUGAUUUAUUAGCAUGUUUAGCUAAUUUAAUGAAUUCAUUUCUACCAAGAGACUAUGUAGAAAAAUCACAAUUAUUAAGUAAUAUAAUGAGAACAAGAUUAAUUUAUUGGGCAAUUAUGAAUUAUCGUGGUUUAAGUAUAGUUUGCAGUGCAUGUGGACGAUAUAAUAAUAUGCUAAGACCAUUUUUCAGUAGAACUUACUUUUUUCAGCUAAUUGUAGCUAUUAUUCUAGGUGCACUGGUGAAUUGUAUCUCAUUGUAUUGUUUAUAUACGCUACACUCGGAUUGGGUAGACUGCAGUGAUUUAUGCUCCACAUGUGAAUAUAGACCAGAGAUAGUGAUAGCUGCAUUUUCAGCCAUUUGUGGUUUUGUUUAUCGUUUUCUAUUCCCAUUAACUGUUUGCUUUUAUGCUUAUACACGAUUGAUAAGUAUCUGUGAAAAUAUUAAUGAUAUUAAAAUGCAAAGAGCUGUUGGAGAUUUGAAAAGGAUGCGUUUUCUUGACGGUUGGUUUUAUAUGUUUUGUUUAAUACUGCAUGAAAUAUACUUUGUGCUGAAUUUUUUCACUACGAAAAGAUAUGUAAAUGAGAAGACACAGCUUUAUCAGAUAUUAUUACUCAUAACUUAUUUGUAUCCAUGUGUACAUCCUUUCUUAUCAAUUAUAAUGUAUCAAAGAUUUCGUGAUCCAUUAGUUGCGUUAUUUAGAAAGAAUAAAUAA